CGGAAGACUCGGAGUGUCUGAGUGGGUGACCACAGCCGAAUUUCCUGGCUUAGACCUCCGCUCCUGACACACGGCUCGAGACAGUUCUUCUGCACAUCCAGUUGUCAGGCACAUCCUGGGCAGUGAGGACACAGAGCGGAGAAAUUCUCCUCGAAACUGCUGGAUAGAGAGAGGGAGACGGGCUACAGCGCCAACUGCUCCUGCUAUAGCAAAACAGAACAGUUGUUAAAAGUUGGAUGUGAACUAAGGGAGAUAGUGACAGAAACAUAAGAUAUGGUUACGAUGUCACAUUAAAAAACACACUUUAAUCUUUCCGAGCGGGCUAUGUAUGACCAGGGCAUGAUGCAGCCCAAUGGUGUUAAUCCCGCAAGUUUAGCAGAAAACAAAAACUGCCCCUCGUCAGAGCUAAGUGACCAGACAGUUGUUGGAAGCGUUGUAAAGUUCGUUUAAGUGAAAGGUUUAACAUUGCGGCAAAAUGUUCGAAUCUCACAGCCCAUUGCAUAUUUAACGUGUGUUUAAGUCGAUAAAGUGUUAUGUAUCCUCAUCACAUUGGCAGCAUGUGAAAUCAUUAAGUGCAGAUUUGUGAAGAUAUGCAGUUAUAGAAACGGCCGCGGCUAGGGCUAAUCGAUACGUGUUCCUUGGGCAUGUUUUAAGUAUGAGUUGUGAGAAUAGCUUCAACGCCGCUUCUACGUUUUAUUACCGCUGUUCACAACUUUAUUUGAAGGUCCCACUGGAUAACGGGCAUCACGCCUAUGUGUGUGUGUGUGUGUGUGUGUGUGUGAUGCAGUGUGUGUGAUCAUCCGGGGAGACACUAGCAACGACAGGUCGGGCGCUGUCAUUGUAACAAACUUGACACAUGCUCUUGUUCUGCUGACUCUCUCUCCCUCUCUCUCUGUCUGUCUGUCUCUCCCCAGGUCUAUGCACUCUCCACGGUGACCUGUAUGCAGGAGCUCCCACGACAAGCUGCUGGUGGAGAAUGGAAACGAGAAGCGCGAGCCCUCGUCCCUACCCCCGGGACAGCCCGGAAAGAAAGAACAACAGCCCCGAAGGCCAGGGUCCACCUCCCGGUAAGAAGGCCAGGCUGGAACCGAACGGGAGCCCGACGGACGGAGGCAGGGGGAGAUCCAACGGCUCCCCGGUCAAGGCGCUGGGAGGAUCAACUCUGCCAGUGUUUUGUGUGGUGGAGCAGUCGGACAAUCCUAUGGAAUGCGAAGGCAAAGAAGAGCAUGCAGAGUUUGUGCUGAUCCGCAAAGACGUGCUGUUUAAUCAGCUCAUCGAGACAGCCCUUUUAUCCCUUGGAUAUUCCCACAGUUCUGCAGCACAGGCUCAAGGGAUGAUCAAGGUUGGGAAGUGGAGUCCGCUGCCCCUGAAUUAUCUCACGGAAGCACCAGAUGCCACAGUAGCUGACAUGUUACAAGAUGUCCAUCAUGUUGUGACACUGAAAAUUCAAUUACAAAGCUGUGCAAAGUUUGAGGACCUUCCGGCAGAGCAGUGGAAUCACGCCACUGUCAGGAACGCAUUGAAGGAGCUGCUUAAAGAGAUGAACCAGAGCACACUGGCCAAAGAAUGCCCUCUCUCCCAGAGCAUGAUUUCCUCCAUCGUGAACAGCACUUAUUAUGCUAAUGUAUCAUCUGCCAAAUGCCAGGAGUUCGGAAGGUGGUACAAAAAAUACAAAAAGAUUAAAGUCGAAAGAGAAAAUCUAGCCGAGUACUGUGUCCUAGGGCAACGGCCAUCACACCUGACGAGCAUCAAUCAACUGGCAAACUUAGCAAAGAGCAGUGAGCAACCUCCUCACAGCCAGCUCCAUCACAGCCCUCCCAUCAGAAGUCAAGUGCCAACACUACAGCCGAUCAUGAGCCCGAGCCUACUGUCGCCGCAGUUGAGCCCUCAGUUGGUGAGGCAGCAGCUUGCGAUGGCCCACCUGAUCAACCAGCAGAUUGCCGUCAGCAGAUUGCUGGCACACCAGCACCCCCAAUCGAUUAACCAACAGUUCCUCAAUCACCCACCUAUCCCCAGGCCUGUAAAACCUUCGGAGCCUUCCAGCUCGUCAGUUGAGGUCGCUCCAGAAAUCUACCAGCAAGUUCGGGAUGAGCUAAAGAGAGCCAGCGUAUCGCAAGCGGUGUUUGCACGAGUUGCCUUCAAUCGUACACAGGGCUUGCUAUCAGAGAUCCUCCGCAAAGAGGAAGAUCCUAGAACAGCAUCCCAGUCACUCCUUGUAAAUCUAAGAGCCAUGCAGAACUUCCUGAACCUUCCAGAGGCAGAACGUGACCGAAUCUACCAGGAGGAGAGAGAACGAAGUAUGAACCCUAACAUCUCCAUGGUCUCGCCUUCAGCAGGCAGCCCAGGGUCUUCUCGAGCCUCGCAGGCCAAGAAUUCUGCGUCAACAUCAGAUCUCCUGGUUAAGGUGGAGAGCACGAAUCUGAAUAUCACAUCAGCUAUUUACGAUGACAUCCAGCAAGAGAUGAAACGAGCCAAAGUGUCUCAGGCAUUGUUUGCAAAAGUGGCAGCAAAUAAAAGUCAGGGAUGGUUGUGUGAGCUGCUACGUUGGAAAGAAAACCCAACGCCAGAGAACAGGACCUUGUGGGAAAAUUUGUGCACUAUCCUGCGCUUUUUGAGCCUUCCUCAGGCUGAAAGGGAUAUUGUCUAUGAGGAAGAAUCUCGGCACCAUCACAAUGAACGUUUGCAACAUGUUGUUCAACUGUCGCCAGAACCUAUCCAGCAAGCCCACAUCCGAUCGACUGAACAUGGAGUUGCACUGGGAUCAGCAGUCCUUAGAGAGUCUGUGACCCGUUCACCCACACACCCGGCUGAAGGAGGAUGCUUGAAGGCCAUACACAGACAACAAUCCCAGCCUGCGAAGGACAGUUCACCCCCAAGAGAAGACAAAGUAACUCAGCCACAAGCGGCUGAGGAUAAUUGUGCCAAAAAGCCCAGAUCACGUACUAAGAUCUCCGUAGAGGCUCUGGGCAUCCUUCAAAGCUUUAUUCAUGAUGUGGGCCUUUAUCCUGACCAGGAGGCUAUUCAGACCCUUUCUGCCCAGCUGGACUUACCCAAGCAUACGAUUAUCAAAUUUUUUCAAAAUCAGCGUUAUCACGUGAAGCAUCACGGCAAAUUAAAAGAGCACUUAGGAACCACAGUUGAUGUUGCGGAAUACAAAGAUGAAGAGCUGCUUACAGAACCCGAGGAGAACGACAGUGAGGAGGGCUCUGAGAUGUACACCAUGGAGGCAGGAGAGGAAAACCUCAGCAAAACCAAAGCCAAACCACCAGAGAUAGAACAGAAAUAAUGUGAAACAUACUAACUAAUACAUACCUUACAGAAAAGAACAUUGUUAUUUCUAUGUACAGCUUUGUGUAAUGCAUUACAUACGUAUGGAAUACAGCAGUAUUGAAUUUGCAGGUCCACUCUAAUGUUGCCUUGACAUAGAAUACCAGAAUGGACUUCAUUCACAGACCUUUUGUGAGUCUUACAGACUGGAAAAGAUUAAACUCAUUUCCGAGUUUGCUUCACAGCUCAAUCCUGCACUAAAAGUUAAAAUAAAGAAGCAUUGAGGGCAAGUUUAAAAAGGACAUUCCCUCAGAACUUUCUUGGGACAAAGCUGUUUUUAUAAAGUUCUGUGACUGUACACUGAAAUGUAAAAUGAAGGUUCAUUAGGUUGUGUCCUCAAACCACUUUACGAUGACUUGUUUUGGUUUUUGAAAAGCUGCCCACGUGUGUUGGUGGGGUUGUGGGGUGGGGGGUUGGAGGUGUUGGGAGUGAAUUUCUGCUUCUAAAAUUCCUAUUUAUUUUCACAGUUUUAUUCUGAAUUUUGAGUAUGGCUACCUGCCAAGUGGCUUUAAAGGUACUUUGGGGUUUGUAUUUUUCACAAGAAAGAAACGCCACUGCCAAAAAAACAACCAAAUCAGAACGUCAGCAAAUGCAAAAUACAUCUAUGAGAACACACACAAUUUUCCAGACUUGCAUGUUUGCUGCUGUGUGGUUCAAUCAGUUGUAUUUUCUCAUUUUUGUACUGAGUAUUAAUAUUUUGAUUUAUGCCAAAAAAAGGAGGCAGGUAUCAAUUUCAGGAAUGAUGUUGCAAGCCUGUAAUCAUAUACUGGAAUCACAAUCACAAUCACAAUGUGGAUUUCUGCGACAGGGACUGAGUUAACCACACUAACUGAGAGGAGAAAAUAAUAAUAAAAUGGGGUGUGAAUGACACAACUAUAUUCAGGGGUGCACAACAAUAAAGCCUGAGGCCUGCUGUCCUCAGGGUGUUUUAUUCUGUAUACAGGCUGAUAAAUAAUAGUUCAUUGCUGUUCUCUAUAAGCUUGGUAUGUCGUCUUGUAUGAGUCAAUGUUGAAGUUGGAAAAUUGAUAGGCCACUAUGAUUUUGCAGGUUCUUCCACAGUCCUCAUCUCAAACAAAACUUUUCUCUGUAGCCUUAAAAUUAUGCUGUCAGUUAUUAGCAGAUGAAUAGUGUUGGCAUUUGAAAACUUAACUCUUCAAAUGUGGAAUUCCUUUCUUCCUGCUAUUUUAGUAAUAAAAGUGUUUCAACUAAAUUGUGAGAAAUGGAAUUGAGAGUCAGAUGAUCCAUGAUCUAAUGGAAUGAGCAGCCCUGAGGGUCUGAAUGGUUGGUUCAUUUUCCUAGUGUUACUAAACGGGUUAAUACUUCAGCUAAAAGGGUAAAAAAGAGAAAUUUAAGAUUGACACGUUGAGUGCUUGUAGGCUAAUUACCCACAGCAUAAUUUCAGGGCCUUGUGUAUAGCAGUAAAGAACAAGUCUAUUUAUUAGAUUGCCAUUGUUUUCUGAUGGAAGUCUAGUAAAAGAAUAUUUCUUUGUCCACAGCGGAAAACAUGUUUAUUUGUCUUCCUUUAAUUUUUUUUUCUCUUCAUCAACAUGGUUAAGGUGCAGGCGGUGCCUGUUGUGCUGUUGAAUGCUGGUUAUUACUGUUACUGUUUGCCAAGCAGCAACUCUGAAGAAAAAUAAAACACGACUCCCAGAUUUAUUGUCUUAUAUCCUUAGCAGCGUUUCGGAUGUGGUUUAGCACCUACUAAGGAAACUAAUAGAAAUAGUAAUUUUCAAAUAGGAAGACCUUUAAAAAUUGCCCAUUUUAACAUGGAGUGCAACCCCUUGCUAAUUUAUCUCAGGAUUGCCAACAGGAGACUUGAUCUUACACAGAAAUGAAUUUUAUUCAGGGAUAAACAGAUCUUAAUGGAGAUAGACUAGCACAUUAGAAGAAGCUGCUCUUACACAGAUCUUUAUCUUUAACCGACGUGACCAUUAAAAAACCCUCCAUUGUAGCAAAAAGAAACAAUAAUUAGCUUUUCUGCUGUUUUUUGUAAAGGUUAUUGUGACAAGGAACGUCUCUAAAACCAAUUACUUCUGUUGAGUUUGUACAAACUGUUCAAUUAAUAAGGACACAAGUUUUUUUUUGUAACAUUUUAACCAAAAUAUGUACUGGAAAUUGUCAACGCUAAGUCUUGCCUAUUCAGUUUUAUUACACUGCAAGGACUGCAGUGAUGUUAAGUGAAUCUGUGGGCAUUUUAGCCUAUGGUCUUGCCAGAUUUGAAAGUACAAUGCAUAUAUGUCUAUUUAUUCAUUACCUGUCAUAUAUUAUCUAUUUGGAAAAAAAUAAACUUGCUUUCAUAGUGCCUCUUGAGAAAGCACAAAUUUCUGCCUUUGGUGAAAUGAAGAAUAAUUGUGCUUUUGUAUUAUUGACAAUGUGAAUAUAAAAUUAACAUAUUGUAAAUGUUCUUUUUCAUGUGAAUCAACAUUCUAUCUGUAUUAUCACAAAGUGAUAAUUAUUUUUAAGUUAUGUGCAUUGUAAAGCCAUUA